AUGUGCCAUGAAGAAGGACUUGUGAAGAUGCAGGAUACCUUUUGGUAUGCCUGCACGAAGGCGAUCUACCAGGAUGAGCCUGCCACGGGUGAUGUGCUGAUCCGUGAUGUGGUGGAGAACAUUCGACAUGGAGGUUCGUGUGGCGGUGUGCUGCAGGGCGCCGGGGCAAGAUCCGCGGUUGAGGUGACCUUUGCUUUGGCUUCUUCCGAGGUGCCUCUUGGUGCUUCGGCAGGCCAUCUCCUGGGACUACAGCGCAUUGUGGUAUCGACCGCAUCAGCAGGCGACUCCAACGCUGCUUGCUUCUUUCUCGACUGGGCAGGCCAGGUGAAGUUCGGCCGACUAUCCUUGGAUCCAGGGAUCAUGGCGGAUGCAGAGAGCGAUGCAGGCAAGUGGCCUGCAUCAUGGCCACCGAAAUUUGCUUUGGCCAGGAAGUGGGACGAGCACAUCGUCCUGCGUGAGCAAAUGCGCCGUACCGGAAAGCUCUUGAUUUGGGACACUCCAGCAAGUACCGGCGUGGCAAACAAAACGAGCCUGCGCCUCAACCGCUUCGCCAUCGCUGCAGUACUGGAGGUCUGGGUGGGGACCUCCGAUUCUCCGAAGUCCCCACCGAUCGGUUGGCUGAGAGCAGAGGCCCGUUGA